AACUGUAUUUACCUACCUCGCCUCAAUUUGUCCGCGCGGUGUCGUUAGAGAACUGGAUUUUUCUUACCUCAGCCGUGCAAAGCUCCUCCUCAGUUAGGGAGGAUUCAGUGUAUCACGUGGGGCUUUUGUUCGCAAAAGGCCACAUUGCUGUCUCUGUUUUUGCAUGAGCUGUGAGGAAUUACAGCCUUGUGUGGUUGUAUUACCGAAUGGAUGAGACAAAUUUACCGAAGAAAUUAUGAAAAUGUCGAAACACGGAUUUAAAUGGUGGAUGUAUUUUAUCGCAACGUUUUCAAUUUGGAAUAUUACCGAUGGGCAGAUUGUGUAUUCGGUGUCGGAGGAGGCUGAUCCGGGAACCACAGUGGGAAAUAUAGCGAAGGAUUUGAACCUUAAUCUUCAAGAAUUAGAACAUCGUGGGUUUCAGAUCGUUUCAGGCCCAAAUAAGAGGUAUUUCAGUGUUAAUUUAAAAAGUGGUGUUCUUUUAGUUAAAGAGAGAAUAGACAGGGAACAGUUAUGCGGAAGGAGCAGCAAAUGCUCUCUGGAGUUAGAAGCUAUUAUUAACUCCCCCUUAAACAUGUAUCGACUGGAGGUAAAUAUUUUAGACAUAAAUGAUAACAUUCCUAAUUUUAAGUCACCAAAAACAGAGUUAAACAUUGCCGAAUCUGCCUUCCCGGGGGAGAGAUUUACGCUACCAAGUGCGUUUGAUGCCGAUGUCGGCAGUAAUUCGGUGAAGAGCUACAAGCUCAGUCCGAAUGAACAUUUUUCUCUCGAUGUUCAGAGCAGCGGAGAGCAGAGUGUGUCAGCUGAACUGGUGCUGCAAAAAGCUUUAGAUCGAGAGAAACAGCAUGUUAUCCAGCUCACACUGACUGCUGUAGAUGGAGGAAAACCUCCAAAAUCCGGAACAUCUCAAAUUAUUAUUAAUGUGGAGGAUGCAAACGAUAACAUCCCUGUGUUUA